AGAAUGAGUCUCUCUGUCCGACAAAAGAGUUUAAGUAGCUAAAAUAAUCACCGAAUCUUCGUGAUCAUAUAUAUCUUAUAUGAACUUAUGUGUUCUUGGAUCUAACGAGGGAAACGAAUUGUGUCUCUGAUGGAGCCUCAGUCUACAAUGAUGGAGCCUCAGUCUACAAUGAUGGAGCCUAUGGAGACAAAUAUUCCGCCGAGUUCAAAUGAGGUCACAAUGGCGCCGACACACGAGAUCCAAAUGGCGAAACAGAGCGAUAAGACAUCAUCAGCAGAAUCGGAAAAAUUGGAAGUUGCAUUGGCUAUCUUGAGCUUGGAAAACGGCGUGCUUAUUCCUUGGAUGGUAGAAAACAAGUUUUUGAAGAAAAUUGAACAGUGUCCAAAAUGCAAAGGCGAAGUGUUUCUGGCUCCUAAAAGUAACCUUCGUGACCAGUUUGCCUGGCUUUGCAAGUCUGAGAAAAGAUGUAUUUGGAGCUCAUUUGUUCGGAUCAAUUCAAUUUGCGAGAGGGCAAAGUUGAGUUUAGCACAAAUAGUGGGCUUAACUUACGAGUGGGCCAGUGGUUCAAAGCUCGCCGAGGCUUCUUUGAGACUUGAUAUUUCUAUUCACACCGCGGUUACUUGGUUUACUUUACUGAAAGGACGUUUCAAACCAGAAAUUAAAGACAGUAUUUUGAAGUUGCUGUUAUCCGCUGACGAGAUGCAUAUUGGUUCGAAUGGCAAUACAAGUGAUUACGGAGCAUUUGAGACGCUGAUAACUUUCGAGAAUAACUCCAGGCAAACAAAUGGAACUAACACCAGCUCAGAUAAGAUCGGAAAACUUGGAGGUCUCGUUAAAGACAAAAAUGGAAAAAGAAUAGAAGAGUACACGGAACCUCUACGGACUCCUUCAGUCGACCCCAAAGAACUGGAGGCUGCAAGAAGUAUCGAUGAAACUAAUGGACCAUACGCAGUGUUAGUAAGAAUGCAGCGAGGAGUAAUUCUGUGGAUGGUAGAGAACCACGUCCUUCACAAACAUGAAGCAUGUCCCACUUGUGACAGUGAAAUCAAACUAAGCGUCAAAGAAAACUUGCAGGACGGAUAUUGGUGGAAAUGUCAAAACGAAGAGAAAGAUUGUCCAUGGACUGGAUAUGUGAGAACCCUCUCUAUUUGCGAUAAAGCAAAAAUGGGUUUAGCCAAAAUUGCGAUCAUUUGUUUCAACUGGGCGACAGAAAUACCUCCGAAAAUAACGGCCGAAAUGGUGACAAUAUCGUACCCUACUAUUAACAUGUGGUAUAAAACACUAAGGACGCAGGCGUCUCCUAAAGUGAAAGGAUGCAUGUUGAGGUAUUCAAAAAUAGUGGAAAGUAUGCCUGAUGAGUCGAAGACUGAGAAGUUUCUGCAUGAGAAGGAAGGAACUGUUUUCGAGAGGUCAACAUCAGAGAAGUUCAUGGAUGUUAUCAUAGCAGAAAUAGCCAAGAAAGAAGCCUAUAGUUCAGUGGAGGACAGUUCGAGACCAGUCUACAGGUCGCAAGCAGAGCGGCGAACGUUCGAAGAAAUCAAGAAAGAAAGAGAUCCGGAGAAAAUACGAGAGCUGUUGGCUAAGCAACGUCGCAGAGAGUACAAAAGGGAGCACCAGAGUGAACAGAGGACCAGAAUGAAGAAUGUGAUAGCCAGACGAGUGGGCAGACCAAGGACACAGCCACAGCCGGCUCGCAAAUCACCAGGGCGAAAGCCACGUCCUAUACUGCCAAGGUUGGAUCUAUCCUCUGUCGGCCUGGAGGCACCUUUUGUGACACUGCAUGAUAACAUGGAGUCCAAACCAAAAAAAUUCAAGUUGACCCAUGUGCAGAGUGGUCCAGACGGCAGUGUGGUGAUGCAGAUUGAACCUAUUGGACCAGAUAUUUCUUCAGAAGGGUCCUUGGAUACGAAUUCUACAUAUCACACAAGAGACCGUAGCAAACCGAAACCGGGAAGGAUGGCGUUGAACUCGUCAGCUGCACAAGGAGUGCGACUGUUGCUCAACCAGCUUAAAAAGGGAACCAGAAGUAGCUUAGCAGAUUAUUUCAUGCAGCAAAAACCAAAUGACAGAUGUCCCGGUUGUCUGGAACCCAAAGCUGCAGAGAGCAAGGAAAGCCCAGUGGAAACCCAACCCCAACCGAGCCCUACUCUUGUACAAAGCACUUCAACAUCUUCAGACGCUGAAGCUGUAGUGGUGGAAGAAAGCAUCAGCAUGGUGGUUGAGCAGGUUAACCCUGAAGUUGAGCCAAGUUCAACUUCAAACUCUGAUAAUUGAUGCCAAUUCAUUGCAAUCAUCAAUUUUGAUAAACAUUUCAAAACAUUUCUAUUCUGGAUUGUGGACACUAAUAGUCCCUUUACAGCUUUAUUUCUACUACUUUGAGUUAAUGGCAAAUGGAAUGAGUUCAGCCUGCACUUGUGGGCCUUUGAUUGGGUUUUGUACUAGUAGUUUUCGUAAUUUAUUAUCUUGAACCUG